AUGGAGAUGCCAGGGCACCAUGUAAACAGCAGUGAACCCGCCCAAAGGAACAGGGAAGAGGAGGCUGUGAUUAAGGUUCUGGUGCCCAUUCUGGACGGUCUAAUCCUGGUGACUGGCUUGGUGGGACAACUCCUGGUCAUCACCACCCUAACAGGUCGGAAGCGUAAAGACCACCACCCCACACAUGGUACCGAAACCCUGCUGCUGGCACUGAGCGCAGUUGACUUGUUAUUGUUGCUUUGCCUGCCCUUCCACACGUCGGCCAUCACUUUGGGAUUCUGGACUUUUGGGAACUUCAUGUGCAAAGGCGUCAGCUUCCUCGGCGUGGGCUGCUCAUCUGCGUCCGUAUUUACCUUGGCGGCACUGGCUGUGACUCGUUACCUCACGGUGGUGCACCACACCUGGGUGUAUCGCUCGAGAAUGCACCGGCGUGUCAAAGGGACAGUGACACUUCUGUGGCUUCCUGCCUCGGCAGCGCCACAGUUUGCCUUCCGCACCAUUACAACUUCCAGGGCUGUGCACUGCUUUGCUUUUCUUUCAGACUUCAACCAGCUUGUCUACAGCAUCAACCUCUUCUUCUUCGGCUUCGCCCUCCCACUGGGAAUAAUUGUGCUGAUGUAUGCAAAGAUCUACUGCUUUCUUCGACACCCACGGCUCUUUGGAAAUGCCCCUCAGCUGGAGCGCUACCACAGCCAGGUUACUCACGCUUCAGCUAUAUUGGUCCUGGUCUUCACUCUCCUCUGGCUGCCGUCCUAUGCUCUCAUGUUCUCCAUUGUUGGAAGAACGAUUCAAGGCUCAAAGGGCUAUAAUACUGUUGCCAUUUUGGCCAGAUUGCUGGCAUCCUCAGUAGUGGUGGUAAACCCCAUUCUGUACGGAUUCAUGUCAUGUCAGAAGUUCAGAAGAGAGUUGCUGGAGCUGGGGAGAGAGCGUUGGACCUUCUGCAAAAACUCCAUGGCUGGUUGUCCUCACAUGAUGUUGGGUAGGGACAUGGUGCAGAGCUUUGAACUGGACACAAGCUCUGAAGCCUAAAUUGACUUCUCCAAAUUAAUAUUCAAAUUAUAUUUUUUCUGAAUUUUCUAGUCGAUGCAAAUAAUACACAGAACAUGUCGAUCAGCCGUUGGAUCUAUGGGGGUUAGAGGCAUUUCAAACUCAAGCAGAAGCUCUGAGAGGCUGUUCUGACAUCCUUUGUAAAGAAAUUCAAGCUGAAGGGAUGAAAGAAUAGUGAAGCUGCUAUCAAAUAAAGGAUCCUAUUAUGUAACUUGACCUACUAAGACGUUGUGACUGAAAUAGCUUUUCAUUUCACUAAAUAUAACCUCCCAAUGCUGCUAGUCAAAGCUCAGUGAAAUGGUUGAUGAAUUGAAAAUUAUGCAGACUGUCAUUAACAUUGACGCUAUAGAACAAAUUUGAGAAAAAUAUUAUUUGCAUAAUCAUUUGGAAGGUGGUGUACAAAGAAGUCAUGGCAGUACCUCUUUUAAAUCUGGAUUGAUUUAUUGUAUGAAAUGUCAGAAAUGUGCUGAAAAUAUCACAUAGCACUGCGUUCCAGAAAGCACUACGAACUGCUGGUUAGCGCAUCUGCCUCAAAGGUCUGAGGUUCGGGGUUCGAAUCUCUGCACGGGCCUUUCCUGAUUUGAGUUUGCAUGUUCACCCCAUGCUUGCGUGGUUUUCUCCAGUUACGCCAGCUUCUUACCUCAUUUCAAAAACAUGCAUGUUGAGUUAAUUGAAGAGACUAAAUUGUCCGGGUGUGAAAGAGCGCGUGUAUGCUUGUUUGUCCAUAUGUGCCCAGCAACUGGCUGGUGACUAGUCCAAGUCGCACCCUGUCUGUCACCCAAAGUCAACUGGGGUAGACUCUCAUACACCAACAAAUUUAAUGAGGACAUGCGGUAUUGAAAAUGGAUGGUUGGGUCAAGGAAUAGAAAUGUGCUCUUUAGAAUGGACAGCAACCAAUUAAACUUGAAACCCUCUGCAGCGUUCAAUGGAUAACUAAACAAGCACAAUGUUGCUUUAGAAGGAACUGACUAAUGAAGAAAAUCUGAAUAACUGACUAUCCUUUUCACAAAGUCUUCAAACUUGUGAUCUUGACAAAACAUUAUUAAACAUGUCAACCCUGUGCACGUUUUCUGAUAUUUCUUUGGUGGUUUCAGAGCAGACUGCAUAGUUCAAUGAGAUACAAAAAAAAUUAUCAUGAAAUGAAGAAUUUGGUACACCCUCACAGUCAACUGAUAUAAUAAAAGAAUAGUGUCAUGAUUUGGCUCUUUAUUCUCACUUUUGAUUGGCAAACCCCUCUAGCUAAUGCAGUGUAGAUCUACAGACACUAGAGGCAUAAUCAGUAGUGUGAAGCCAGGGACUGCAAGUCCUUCUCUGGUCGCCUAAACACCAUCGGAAGCACUGUCCAACAUUCACAACUUAAACGAAAUUCUAUUAUUUUAUUUUCAGCAGUCUGUUAUCCUUAUUUCAUAGCCAUUCUUUUGGCUGCCGAGCUCCCAGUAGUGUGUGUGUUAUGUUAUGUUCUAUGUGUUGCGAUGUCAUGUCAUCUGCCCAGGGCCUUUGGACUCAGGUGUACAGGCUCAUGACACAUAUGCAGUAUUAGCAAUGGCUGUUUUUUUUGGUUUUGUUUUUUUAACCAAUCAAAUUUCAGAUUCACCACACUUGGCCUUCAUGUAAGCUUUGAGUGACAUCGGCAUUUUUCCGUCCUCUGACUGGUUGAGCUAAAUAAUCUUGUGACGUGCAAAUGAGCGACGGGA